GUUGCUCGAGCACAUUCACGCGCACAUCGCGCCGCGUCUCUAUCCGUGAGCCGUCGCGCAUUGUAGAACGGGCUUUAAAGCCUGCAAGCAUGGCGGCGCCCAUGGCACACGUGUGCGGAUAAACACAAGUAGAUACGCAUUAUACACAGGGAUGGAUGACAAGCCGGAGAAAGCGCGCAAGCGAAAAACGUCGAAAAACGAGAAUAAAGCGCCAGUGAAAAAGGCAAAAAUCAAUAGUUCCGUCGAGGAAGUACUCGGAGUACAUUCUGAUGAAGAUCCUGAUAAAUAUGACACGAAGGACGUUGUUCAUGAUGACAGGCAGGACGUGUUUAACGGACACUUAUUAAAAAUGCUCUUUUCUUCUUCUUCUUCUUCCUCUUCAUCCUCCUCCGCCAGCUUGGCCGCGCUUCGAAAGUUCGUGACGAUAUGCAACGAGGACAAGGAGCGGGAUCUUGCGGCGGAGUACCUACUCGCCGGUGGCAACGUUCUCGAGGUUCUGAAGCUGCUGGAGUCUUCCGACAAGAAAAAUACUACCGACACCAUCGCCGUCUUUUCCGCGAUCCACAUCUUGCUCAUGAGAAUCUUGACGGAAUAUCCUCAGUACCGAGAUAGCACUUUGGAGGCCUGUCGUUACCUAUUGAACUCGCACAUGUCUAGUGUAUAUUCUAUGUUCUCUGCUCAGAGCAAUACCAAGCAGCGCAAGACAGUUCUGAGAUUGUUGGCGGCAUUGGUAUCUCUGGACAGUGGUCUGUCCAGGGAGCUGCUUAUUCACCUGACCCUGCAACAGCAAACCUUGGAGAGUUUGGUGCGGCACACUAAGCCCAUGGAUCCCCAGAGCAUUAGAACGUGCUAUAUUCACUUUGUUCUCGCUUUCCUCGUGGAAGGUAACACACUGGUGAUUCGAACGCUCCUAGACAAGCGCAACAUGCUCAGCUGUAUCUUCCCAGAGCUGUUAUAUGACUCGAAGGAUGUUGUUAGCUUGGUUCUGACUACUGUGAAGACGUACGUGAUAGAAAAUAUUAAUAUCACCAAGACAACAAAGUUACGUGUGUUCUGCAUACCUGUUGUAUUGAAUCUAGUAUCGUUGUACAAUUGGAAAGGUCCCAGCAACUGGUCCAAGAACAAAAAUCAUGGUUUUGAUAACAGCGAGAAUUUUUUAGCAGACAAGGAGAUUGUUAGCGAUGUAGUUCAUGAAUUCUUGGUCGCUCUGUUAACAUCACAUCGUUACGGAGUUAUUUUUCACGAUCGAACUUUGGGUGGUUCGCGAAAUAAGCACAAUCAGUUGGUGCAUACAGUCGUUCAGAACCUCGAGAAGCCUUGGGAACAUAAAAAGCCAUCGGAUUUAAUUGUUAGAAUAAUGAGUGCCUGUCCGGAUCUAAUUCGUUCGCAGUACAGUGCGGUCGAGCCAUUUCUUGAACCUCGAGUGUCAUCUAAAUGGGUUUGCCUUCUCAAAUUUGUAGGAAAGAUAGUGGAAGCAGUCAAUCCGAUUACUUGCAUCAAAAUUUGCGCCACGGAAUUGAAACCGAACAAUUUGAUAAGUGCAUUACUGUCUUUGGCGAUUCCAAGUGCAAUUGUAAAAGUUGCUAUUUUACCAGGGUUAGAUCACGACAGUCUUUUUGUUAGACACGAAGCUCUGUCUCUUCUUUUAACAAUGGUUAAUCAGCUGAAAGUAAUUUCUUUAGCUGCGAAAGAAUUCUAUGUAACAUCUGCAAUCCAAAAUCAAAUAACGAAUUUUGUUCUAAGGAAUGUUCCCACCUUGGAAAUCAUUUUACGAAUGUGGAGUCGCGCUUUUGAAGAUGACACCAACAUAAAAGCCUCGGAAACCGCGGAGAAUAUUCAGAAUCCAGAGUUAAUAGAUCAUAUCGAUGUAAUCUUGAACAUUCUUCAUUUGUAUCAAGAUAUAUGUCCAGAGUUGUUGGACAUUUCAACAAAUUUAGAACCAAGUUUGUUGCUGUGGAGUUUGAAUAAUCUCCAGAAUGACGAAGACGAUAAAGGGAUUACUAAAGAGAAAAUAAAUUGCUUGAAGGUCAAGGCGAUACAGUUCCUGCUUGCUUUGAACUCCUCUAUUUUUGCGCCUAGAGAAAAGGCUUUUAAGGAAGCUCUCGUUUUUCUGAUAUCUCUAAUCCGUCAAAAGGAUCCGUCAUCAAACGUCAGCUAUAAUGUCAUCAGAACGCUACUAAACGCAACGGGCCUGUUUGAAACCUGUAAAGAUCAACUCGAUAUUUGGAUUAAUGGCUUUUCAAUAAUUACGAAUUCUAAGGACGACGAGCAUUUGACGCAGUGGUUCAUGUCUGUCUUGAAAAGCGCUGUUAAACAUAUUGAUAAGUAUAUAAAUGCCAUAACGCAAGCGGAAAGAGAAAUAAAUGAUCAGACGGCUAUCAAUCUUAAUGUUAAAAGGGCGGAGGAUAUAAUUAACGAACUGUUUGAUAAAGCCAACAGAAUUACCUCUUCCGAAGAAGAAUGUUCUUUAGCAGAACCGCCUUUAAUUAACGGACAAUUUAGUUUUGAUGAAAAGAAGAGUCAUGCAAUUGAUAACAACUUUAGAUUUAAAAGAAAAGAUUUAAAAGGCAUUGUCAAAGAUACUGAGUGUAUAACACAGAAGAACGAACAAGUAAUUAGCUCUGACGCGAAGGAGAUAGAGGAUGUAAUCAAUCGGCUAGUCGAUAAGACAACUCCAAAAAGCUUCUCUUCUGAUAAAGGCUAUUUUCACAAAAUGUUAUCUACAUCAGUAUCAUCUUUAAUGAGCGAAUUUACUAAUUCCAAAGGAAUAAAAGAAACCGAGGAGACGACUGGUAAUCUGUUGAACAAUUUUGGCAAAAAGAAUAUCAACUCUUACAGAAUGCAAGCCUGCGCGGGAGUGUCACCGCUUCUGUGUUGCGCGCUGCAAAAGUUAUCUGAGAAAAAUUGCACCUUCACGAUCCUGGCUUAUAUGUCCUAUGUGACGACCCAUACUCUGCACUAUCAAGUCGUUCCGGAUCUGCUCGUUUACAUGACGAAAGAUCUGAUUGACUUGCUAACUUAUAAAUACCUGCAAAGUUGGACAAGCGGCGAGCGACCUGUUUCUUUGAAGAAUAACCUGCUGCCUUUAUCAAGUAAAUUGAGCAUUGUAUUGCUGGCGAAUUCCAAAAUAGAUGUAACCGAACUUUGUGAACUAUUUGAUGAUGGUGGUUAUUCGACGUAUUGUUUUAAAUACGACGACAAAGAAAUCACUAUCAAACAUUCCUUAUCUUUGUACGACAUCAAGACUUUGUUGAAGAUGACGGUAUUUUAUUUAGCACAGCUAGCGCAAUUGAAAAUUUUGCAGCAGACCCAAAACGAAAAUUGUAAGCUUGUACUCACGUUUUUAUUAAACAUUCCGCAAUCUAUGGAAUUAAAUCGAUCGAGCGUUGCAGUAGUACUUGAAGAGAACGCAAGCUGUAUCUUUACUCAUCCCAUUCUGUUGCAUUACUUCUCGCCAUUUUGUGGAGAAACCUCGAAAGACUCGGUGGAGUAUAUGGUUACUGAAACUAUCCUGAAAGUUUGCGAGUCUAUUUCGCAUUUAUAUGAUGACGCAGGGCAUUAUAACAUUUUCUUUGCGUUUAGAGAUAAAUUCCUCGCGCAAUUGGGGAAUAUUAUCGAGAAGAAUCCCUUGGAAGCCUGCCGUAAUAAUUAUGGUAUUGCUAUCGAAUUAUUGAAAGUAUUGCAGUUAGGAGUGAAAGAUAUCACGAGCUUGUUGCUCGCUUGUAUGAAGUUGAGAAAGAUCGUAUUUAUUUUGAGCGAUAAGCAAAAUCCGUCCGUAUUCGGACAUAUCGUACCGCUGUUACUGGACAUGUAUUGCAGCAGCAAGGAAAUGGACUCGGAAUCGUGCGAUAUGCUGAACGAGCAGUUCGUAGAGAAAUUUAGCUUGCACUUGUUUCACCUGAAGUCUAGUAAAAUAAAUUACGUUGUAGACAAGUGGGAGCGAGCCUUGGCGAGGUACCUAUUUAUCUUUCCGCACAAUGUUUCCGGUGUCGGUGUCAGUACUUUUAUGCUAUUGCUGACGAAAGAUAUCUCCACGUCCACGAUCCAGCUGAUAACGACCUUGAUUAGUAGGAACACCAAGCUGAUCUCACCGUUGGAGAAAAACUUCCUCAAGACGGCAAAUGUGAAGCAAGGGGACAUUGUGUUUCCAAUACUGGGCAGCAAUUUGCAACACAAGUGGGACGAAAAGUUUCUUCGAAGUAUUUACGAGUGUUACAGCAGUGACAUCGCCGUGUAUGUAACCGAGCCGCAAAAUCCCGUUUCCUGGAUCGAAGAGAACGCAGCGGCAAUCGUCUACCUCGUCGAAAGUACUUUCGACCUCGAUCGAUGCAGGGAAAUUUGCGACACCAUUUCCCAGAAAGGUGACAAACUGGAUAUGGUGUCCGUUUGUUUUGUGCAAUUGUUGGAGAGUGUAUAUAAGAGAUACGAAAGUUUAAUAACUACUAAAGAGAAACCCCUAAUGGAUUUGAUAAAGAUGCUGUUGCACAUAAUGACGUCGACGUUGAAAAAGGAAUCGAAAAACGUAGAGAAGAUUAAAGUUUUAUGCGAGAAGCUGAACCUCGCGGUGACUCGUUUGAAGAAGAUCGAAGAUAAUUUCGUCUUCGCUUUACUGAGCAAGAGUUAUUCGUGGCCACAGUUUACCAGAUUCUGCUUAAAGCUAAGUUUGAAAGAUGACAAGGACGAAGAGACUCGUUCGAAUGUAUUGAGAACCUUGAGUAAUUUAUGCGAUAUUGCUUAUGGAGAUGACGUUGAUGAUGAAUACGUGAAGACGUUGUUCGAAAUAACGACGUCUCAUUCGGGAUUUGUUAAUAUUAUGCUCGGAUCGUCCAUUGUUAAAAGCGACCUGGUCGAAUUGCUGAGAAUACUUAUUCGGAAGAAUCAUUCUGUGAUGACUGCUUCGCAUGUGCCUCUUUAUCUUGCGGCUUACAACGCCACUCUUUGUCACGUUGAUCAGCGUAUUUUGCAGAUUCUUCAGUAUUAUGAAACUCAUAAUGUUAAGCUCGAACAGUACUGGCCGUACUUAUGGGGAGACGCCGCAGCGACGCGUUAUAGCGUGAAGAGAGAGACGGACACUGCUUUGUGGAGACAACCUUCCACUUCUGAGGUUUUUAACUUGCUCGAUAAGAAUGUCGUCAAUGAGACUGUAAAAAAUUAUCCCAUACGCAGAACAAUGCGGAGUGACGAGUUACACGAGGACAGCAGUGUGUACGAUCCAGCAUUUUAUCUGCCAUUGCUAUGCGCUCUCUUGGCAGAAAAUAAUAUUGUCGCGUGUCAUAAAAUAAGUCAGAGUGGUGCAUUAGCGUUAGUGUUUGCUGCAUGUUGCAGUGAUUCAAGCGACGUUCGGAUGACAGCGUUUACCGUUAUUUCCAGAUACUACUUUCACUUGGAAGCAUCUAAGUCUAAAGAAAAGUUAUUAUGGAUGCGUCUGAUUGACGCUAUGCGAAAUGGAAUCAUUUCGUUGAAGUGUCCAUUGAAGGAUGUCCACCUGAGUUGUCUGAUGACCACUUUUUUGGCCAGGACCUCGCUGGUCGCUAGUCAACCUCUACAUCCACUUUAUUCGCCGUUGCAUACCUUCUUAAUGGCAAAACCUGCGCUGAACCUAAAUACCAUACCAGAGCUGCUGCCGUUGUUGCAUAGCUCGCAUAUGGAGCACAAUGCACACCGGCACUGGAUCUUGGAGAACAUUCGGGAUGGUAUGAAGGAAGAAAACGACUUGAAUGUGGCCCUGAAGUGUAUGUUGUUCAAAAUCCUCUUUGAUUUUCACACUUGCGUACUAUCGGAUACCAAGACAAAGAAACUGAUUUUGGAAAUUAUCGCUUCUACUACCAGAAUUUCCAAAGCGUCUUUGCUUCUCACACAGAGAUAUGGUAUGCUUCCUUGGCUGCACAAGAUUGUAAAUUUGGAUAUUUGUAAAACCGAAAUUAGAACUAUUAUUAUUAUAAUUAAGAAUCUACUAAAUGCUUUAGAUAGUUCAACACAGGAUAUUCGUCAUUACAAAACUAUGUUAUUUAGCAUUCUUUUAUCACUACAAGUAUAUUCAAAAAAUAAAUAAAUGUUUAUAAAAAGAA